GGUAGCAGGGGACUCGAAGGCAGAGCGCUUGCGGCUGGCUAAUGCACCGUAGCUUCGCGAGGCGCUGGCUCUUUCUGUAGACAAGUCUUAAGUCGGUUUCUGGUCCAUGCCGGCUGAGUGUCCUUGCAAGCAGCGUCUGGACAACCACCUUUUGAAAUACACGCGAUGACGGGUUGAUCUUGCGCUGCCGUUGCACUGACAGGCCCAAAGAACAGGAAUGGUUUAAUGAGCCAGGAUUUUCCUCCGCUGGUUAUUUGCCAUCAUAGAGACCACGUGGGUGAGGGCAUAUCUGUUGUUGGACCAACUUCCGUUGGCGAGAGAUACCUCGAGUUUACAUGGCUUGGCUUCAUUCUGAGAAGUGAGUGUCACAGCUAAAUACAAGGUGGAUCAGAUUGUUGAGCAUCAGUAGUUAGCACAUAUUUCAAGGGACCAUUCAAGGUGAAGUGGGCCUGUUAACGCCUCUCCAGUCCUAAGGCCUGGGGAAAAGCUGGAGGUGAGGGGCGGUUAAUGGGUUACAGAUUGUUGUAAUAAGCCAUAAGUCCAGUGUUUCUGUUCAGUCCAUUUUUAGUGUCUAGCAAAGUUGUGACUUUAAGCUCCCAGGCCUGUCGUUUGCAGGUGUUGUGCAGGUUUCCUUUGAGGAUGGCGACUGAGAGGUCAGGUAUAGAGUGACGGUUGUGAACAGUCUUCACCCACGGGUGAUGCGGCGUUGUUGUCUUUUGUCCUUUUUCUGUGUAAGUUCAUUUGAGAGCCUAGUGAUUCCCAUUUCACCUGAGAGAACCUGAUUUAAUAUCGAAAUAACCUCCCUUGACUGCACUCCCCUAGUUGUCACCUACCAUCCCAGGGGAGUGGACUAGAUGACCUCUCGAGGUCCCUUCCAGUUCUAUGAUCCCACACUGGAACCCAUAAGGGCUAUCAUCAAACAGUUACAAUCCAUACUCGGGUUGUAUGGGGACCACAUCCUGAAAGAAAUCUUUCCUGAACCCCCUCUUCUAGCCUUCAAACAACCCCCCAACUCUCCAAGUUCAUCAGAAGCAACAUCCACACAGACCAGGACACACUAGCUCAAAGUGGCACCAGAUCCUGCCGGAACAACAGAUGCAAAACCUGUGGACAUAUCUGCCCUACCAUGAUGAUCAACAACCCUCACAACACACCUUUCAAGGGCCAUGAUUCCUACACAUACCUAUCACAAUAUGUGGUGUACCUCAUCCAAAUGCCCCAAUAAUAAAUAUGUGGGUGAAACACAGAACUGACCCCUGCAGGACCCUACCAAAUAUGCCCUCCCAGUUUGACAGCUAUUCCUGCUCUGGAGUUUGCUUUCAAAAAUGAACGGAUCACUCUGGCAGUUGUGGGCGCUGUCAUCAAUCCUCCUAUGGUGCCAAAAGGGAGUAUCUGUAAAGAGCUGAAAGUGUACCCAGCAGAAUGUAGAGGACGCAGAAGCACCUAUCGUGGGAAACUGACCGCUGACAUCAGCUGGUCAGUGAAUGGCAUUCCUAAAGGGAUUAUUAAACAGUCCCUGGGAUAUGUUCCAAUCAUGGUGAAAUCUAAACUUUGCAAUCUGCAUAGUCUUCCUCCCAGAGCUCUGAUUGAACACCAUGAAGAAGAGGAGGAAUUGGGAGGCUAUUUUAUAGUUAACGGUAUAGAAAAAGUUAUCAGAAUGCUGAUUAUGCCUAGACGAAACUUUCCCAUUGCAAUGAUAAGACCCAAAUGGAAAAGCCGAGGCCCUGGUUACACACAGUAUGGUAUAUCGAUGCACUGUGUUAGGGAUGAGCACUCUGCUAUAAACAUGAACCUUCACUACCUGGAAAAUGGUACGGUGAUGCUGAACUUCAUUUUUCAGAAAGAGUUGUUCUUCCUCCCCCUGGGAUUUGCACUGAAGGCACUAGUUGGUUUCUCAGAUUACCAGAUUUUUCAGGAGUUGAUCAAAGGAAGAGAAGACAACUCCUUCUAUAAGAACUGCAUCUCUCAGAUGCUGAGAAUGGUAAUGGAGGAGGGCUGUGCCACGCAGAAGCAGGUCCUUAACUACAUUGGGAAAUGCUUCCGAGUGAAACUCAACCUUCCUGAGUGGUACCCAAAUGAGCAAGCUGCAGAAUUCCUUUUGGAUCAGUGCAUCUGUAUCCACUUGAAAACCAAAACUGAGAAGUUCUACUUGCUUUGUCUGAUGACCCGGAAGCUGUUUGCUUUUGCCAAAGAAGAGUGCAUGGAGGAGAAUCCAGACAGCCUUAUGAAUCAGGAGGUGCUUACCCCAGGGCAGCUUUACCUCAUGUUCUUAAAGGAGAGGAUGGAAGCUUGGUUGCUUUCUGUUAAAGUAGCCUUGGACAAAAGAUCUCAAAAGACCAAUAUAACCAUCAAUUCAGAAAAUAUGAUGAAGCUAUUCAGCAUGGGAAUUGAUGUUACAAGGCCAUUUGAAUAUCUCCUUGCUACUGGUAACCUGCGCUCUAAAACAGGUCUGGGUAUGCUACAAGAUUCUGGUCUGUGUGUGGUGGCAGACAAGCUGAAUUUUAUUCGUUACCUGUCCCAUUUUCGCUGCGUACACAGAGGUGCUGCGUUUGCCAAGAUGAGAACCACCACGGUGCGCAAACUGCUCCCAGAAUCCUGGGGCUUCCUGUGCCCUGUGCACACCCCCGACGGAGAGCCCUGUGGGCUGAUGAACCAUAUUACGACUGUCUGUGAAAUAGUGACGCAGUCAGCCUACACCUUGUCCCUGCCACCUUUGCUCUGCUCCUUAGGUGUCACUCCCGUUGAUGGGACUCCAAGCCAACCCUAUGCAGAGUGUUACCCAGUUACACUGGAUGGCUCGUUAGUGGGCUGGGUAGAAAAAGAUAUGGCUCCUACGAUUGCAGAUACUCUCCGGCACUUUAAGGUAAUGCAAGAAAAGAAAAUUCCAGCGUGGACUGAGGUAGUCCUUAUUCCAAUGACCGGAAAACCUAGUCUGUAUCCAGGAUUAUUCAUUUUUACUACCCCUUGCAGGAUGGUUCGGCCUGUGAGAAAUUUGGCCUUGGGAAAGGAAGAAUUGAUUGGUACUCUGGAACAGGUCUUCAUGAACAUUGCUGUCCUUGAGGAUGAAAUUGUGCCUGGCGUGACCACUCACCAGGAGCUCUUUCCUCAUAGCAUGUUGAGUGUGGUAGCCAACUUCAUUCCAUUCUCUGAUCACAACCAGAGUCCCAGAAACAUGUACCAAUGCCAGAUGGGCAAGCAAACUAUGGGCUUUCCACUUCUGACUUAUCAGGAUCGCUCAGAUAAUAAACUGUACCGACUUCAGACCCCGCAAAGCCCCUUGGUGCGGCCGUCCAUGUACGAUUACUAUGACAUGGACAAUUAUCCAGUCGGUACCAAUGCAAUCGUUGCUGUCAUCUCCUACACUGGCUAUGACAUGGAAGAUGCAAUGAUUGUAAGUAAGGCUUCGUGGGAGAGAGGAUUUGCCCACGGCAGCGUUUACAAGACGGAGAGCAUAGAUCUUGCUGAAAAAAUCAAACAAGUAGAUGACAGUCUGGUGUUUGGAGUCAAGCCUGGUGAUCCAAGGGUUAUACAGAAUCUGGAUGCUGACGGACUGCCACACAUUGGAUCCAUACUGCAGUAUGGGGACCCUUACUACAGCUACCUGAACCUCAGUACUGGGGAGAGCUUCAUAACCUAUUACAAGAGUAAGGAAAGUUGCAUUGUGGAUAACAUCAAAGUGUGCAGCAAUGACAGUGGAAAUGGAAAAUUUAAAAGUGUUUGCAUCACUAUGAGAAUCCCUCGUAAUCCAACUAUUGGGGACAAAUUUGCCAGCCGACAUGGACAGAAGGGUAUUUUGAGCAGACUCUGGCCAGUUGAGGACAUGCCAUUUACAGAGAGUGGAAUGGUUCCAGAUAUUCUCUUCAAUCCUCAUGGCUUUCCAUCCCGAAUGACCAUUGGAAUGCUGAUUGAGAGCAUGGCAGGGAAGUCUGCAGCAUUGCAUGGCCUCUGUCACGAUGCCACCCCCUUCACAUUUUCGGAGGAGAACUCUGCCUUGGAAUACUUUGGCAAGAUGUUGAAGGCUGCUGGCUAUAACUACUAUGGAACAGAGAGGAUGUACAGUGGAAUCAGUGGGGUGGAACUGGAGGCAGACAUUUUUAUUGGAGUUGUAUACUAUCAACGCCUGCGUCACAUGGUUUCAGACAAGUUCCAAGUGAGGACGACAGGAGCCAGAGAUAAAGUCACCAACCAGCCCAUCGGUGGGAGGAAUGUCCAGGGUGGGAUUCGCUUCGGAGAGAUGGAACGCGAUGCCUUGUUGGCUCACGGCACGUCCUUCUUGCUGCAUGACCGUCUCUUCAACUGUUCCGAUCGUUCUGUGGCCCACGUCUGUGUCAAGUGUGGCAGUUUGCUUUCUCCUUUGUUGGAGAAGCCUCCGCCUUCCUGGUCCACGACGCGCAAUAGGAAAUACUACUGUACUGUGUGCAAUCAGAGCGACACAAUCGACACUGUUUCUGUGCCUUAUGUCUUCCGGUAUUUUGUGGCUGAGUUGGCAGCCAUGAACAUAAAAGUGAAACUCGAUGUGAACUAACUGUGGACGUGAAUAGCAAUUCAAGUACUCUAGAAAAACUAAUUUUUAAAUGUCCAGAUUUUUCUGUCAGAGGAUUUAAAAGGACUAUUGACUCGUAGCUUGAAAUCCUGCAACAGCUGUGGGAUUAGUUUGAUUUGUGUACUUAAACUGGGGAGAUAAUCUGCUAAAUUACUUAGCAAUCAAAUGGAGAAGCGGUUCAGAUCCCUUAUCAGUCACUGUUAGCUCUGUAACAGUCCUCUCUGCUUGUGUUUCAUAUUAGCCAAAAAUCUCUUUAUGAAAACUGAGCAGUGCCAAUGCUUUAUUGGACUUAGUGGGUUGGGAAUUAAAGCGUUAACUCCUUGUCCCAGAUACUGCAUCUUGUAACUGUGUGAUGGCUGUUCCAGGCGGGGGUGUACCACAGUUGUGCUGAAGAGGUUAAAUAAAGUGGAAUGUCCUUGAACACU